GACCCUGAAGACCAGCAGGAGGAGGCUAAUGGUAGCAGCAUGCUAGCAGAGGCUAAUGUUGUCACAAGGAUUCAUGAACCAGCUUUUUAAUUGUAAUACUUUAAUUGAGACUUAGUCAUGUCUCAGGUGGAGAAGAAGGCGGGGCUGCUGAGGAGGACGUCAUCCUCUAAGAAACCCUUGAAAGAGAAGGUGGUGCUGAUGUAUGAUGAGAUUUUUGCAAAAGAAGACCCGUCAAAAAACAACCCUCGCUUCUGGGAUGAGCUGUUUCUUAUGAAGGUGAACCUAGAGUACCUAGAGUCCAAGUUGGAGAGUGUAGAUGGGGAGGAAGUUCAGCGGAUCCAGGACAACAUCAACUCUCUGUUCCACCACUGUGUUCAGGCUCUGGGAGAGGAGCACCAGAUCAAAGUGGUCAAUGCCCUGCAGACACUCUGUGCACUUUUCCGGGGGGUCCACCAGAAGAACAAGUCUGCGUCUGGCUUUGACAUCAUCAACAUGCUCAUGGGCUUCGACAAGGCUGAGCAAAGGAUGAAGGACUUAAUGGAGAGACUGGACAGCCUUCUCUGUGGAGACGGCUCGGAGAGUCUGAAGAGUCUUUGUCUCAAACUGCUGCUGUGUCUGGUGACGGUAACGGACAACAUUAGUCAGAACACCAUACUGGAAUAUGUGAUGAUCAACAGCAUCUUUGAAGCCAUUCUACAGAUUCUGUCAGAUCAGUCCAGUAGAGGGCAGCAUGGGUAUGAUGCUGUGGUCCUCCUAGCUCUGCUGGUUAACUACAGGAAAUAUGAGUCAGUGAAUCCCUACAUUGUGAAGCUCUCCAUUGUGGACGAUGAGCCAACACUAGAUGGAAUGGGUAUGGUCGUCCACCAAGCGCUGACAGAGUAUAACAGGCAGUACAAAGACAAAGAGGAGGAGAACCAGGGUGGGUUCUUCUCCACCCUCACUAGUAUGGUGGGCAGCAUGUUUAUAGCCGACGCUGAUGAGAAACUCUCUGUACAGACCAAUGAGGCCAUUCUGCUGGCACUCUAUGAGGCUGUGCACCUUAACCGCAACUUCAUCACUGUAUUAGCACAGAGCCACCCAGAGAUGGACAUCCCAACCACACCUACCACCCCUACUCCAACCACACCUACUACACCACUUGGCACAACGCCGCCCUCCUUAGACAUGAUGAACAACCCAGAACUGCCUCUGGAUCCCAACCUGCAGACGAGCAACCUUCUAAUCACCUUCCUCAAGUACGCCUCGAUCGUAAUGCAGGAUACUAAAGAUGAGCAUCGACUCAACAGUGCCAGACUGUGCCUAAUCAUCCUCACAUGCAUAGCCGAGGACCAGUACGCUGAUGCCUUUCUUCAUGAUGACAAUAUGAACUUCAGAGUCAAUCUCCACAGAAUGCCCAUGAGGCACAGAAAAAAAGCAGUGGACAAGAACAUCCCUUCACGUCCGCUGGUGUGUGCUGUUCUAGAUCUGAUGGUGGAGUUCAUAGUCACUCAUAUGAUGAAGGAUUUCCCCAUGGAUUUAUACUUGCGCUGUGUGCAGAUCAUCCACAAACUCCUGUGCUACCAGAAGAAGUGCAGAAUCCGGUUACACUACACCUGGAGAGAGCUCUGGUCAGCUCUCAUCAACCUGCUGAAGUUCCUGCUGUCAAACGAGACAACACUGCUGGCCAAGCACAACAUCUUUCACCUGGCCUUACUGGUAGUGAACCUGUUCAACAUGUUCAUAACAUACGGCGACACGUUCCUGCCCACCUCCAACAGCUACGACGAGCUCUACUAUGAAAUAGUACGAAUGCACCAGGUCUUCGACAACCUCUACUGUAUGGUUCUGAGAGUAUCAACCAACACGGGCCAGUGGAAGGAGCCAGCCAGCAAAGUCACGCAUGCCCUUGUCAAUGUUAGGGCCAUCGUCAACCAUUUUAAUCCCAAGAUUGAGUCGUAUGCUGCUGUGAACCACAUCUCCCAGCUGUCCGAAGAACAGGUGCUGGAGGUGGUUCGGUCCAACUAUGACACACUAACGCUCAAACUGCAGGAUGGUUUGGACCAGUUUGAGAGAUACUCGGAGCAGCCCAAAGAGGCUGCUUUCUUCAAGGAGCUGGUGCGCUCCAUCAGUUUGAAUGUGAGGAAGAACGUCUCUCUGAACACGCUGAGUCAGGACGUCCUGCUUAAAGAGUUUUCCACCAUCUCCUGAGACACACACACACACACACACACACACACACACACACACACACACACACACACACACACACACACACACACACACACACACACACACACUCUUCCAGCCUCCUCCUCCUUUCAGAUGGACACACACAGUACAUUUGUGUACGUGUGGACAUAAACACAUACUUACACACACACACACACACACACCAACAAGGACAGUCUUUGAUUGUUCUCUUCGUGGUUCGUCUUGACUCGCCCUCCUUUGAACUGAACGAUGGAGACCGAGGCGGACACAUUGACAGGCUGGAUGCAAAGAAAGACCUGGAAAACUCUCCGGACCUGCUCCCUCUGUGGUUGUUGUUUAAUGUGUGUGGGAUUAAUGUGUGGUUAUUUAAGGAAAUGCCCGUAUUGCACCGGAUCCUGGUGUGCAAUCUGCAGUAUUGACUGGACCGUUAACUAACACAUGAACGUUUGGAUUUCAUGAACUCAAGUAUUUUUAAUCCAGAUGUUCAUCUACGACUUUUCAGCCACUGAUGAUGUUUUAAGUAGUUUCUGCUCCCUUGAUUUAUGAUUCAUCUCCAGCAUUAUUUCAGAAGAUUUAGACUUGGAGUGAAACAUAACCUUCCUAACUACAUCUGUAACGGAGACCUUUAGCCUUUUUGAGUUUGAAUCUUACUGUAAAUUCUCUUUGACAUGAGCAUUAACUCUUUCUUUGCGGCUGAGUGCCAGUCGUGCGAAUGUUAACUUAAUUCUUAUGUUCAAAACAAAUUUAAAAGUAUUUUGUAUUUACAUGUUUGCUAAGGGGUAGAACAUUUAGAGCUGUUAUUAAGUUGAGAAUGCUCUACAAUGAUAAAAAACCUUAUUGUUGCAAACCUUUUUGCUUUUGAACAAAGCCAUGACUAACAUUCACUACUGCACGUCACACAAGUCAUUGUCCCUGUCAAUGCUCAUUCAGAACAAUUUAAAUGCUUUUUGUUUUGACUGGAAGCAGAUCUUAAUUAUGCAAUUUCUUCAAUUGAAGGGUCUUAUUUCUCUCAUCUCUAACUCCUGUAGGUAUAUUUAUGUUUCUUUUUUAAAUAAAGGUUGGUUUCCUA